CUUUAAAAACCACGGCGACAUCCUCUCCGACACCACUCAGCCGACAGCGAACCACUGGGCUUGUUUCAUUUUAUCCCGCAGUGUCUUGAGUUUGCAGUAGAGCUACAUUUGAGAAUGGAGUAUCACCAAUCUUCAGAGAUGAACGGAGUCGUGUCAGAUUAUCUGAAUAUGCGCAUCGAAUCCACACAUAACGACUUGUGCAAAGAGAAAGAAUCCAAGGAAGCUGAAGAGUCAAAGAAGCGGUCCCUGAUCGAGAAAUCUUACAGCACCAUACUGAGUGAGCUUGGAGAAGACGUGGGCCGAGAGGGACUCCUACGGACACCGCUGCGUGCAGCCAAGGCCAUGCAGUUCCUCACCAAAGGCUACAAAGAAACCACCCAGGAUAUCUUGAACGACGCAAUCUUUGAUGAAAACCACGAGGAGAUGGUGAUUGUCAAGGACAUCGAGCUGUUCUCUCUCUGUGAACAUCACCUGGUGCCCUUCUUCGGCAAGGCUCACAUAGCAUACCUCCCUAACAAGAAAGUGGUUGGUCUUAGCAAACUUGCAAGAAUUGUUGAAAUCUACAGCAGGAGGCUUCAAGUCCAGGAGCGUCUGACCAAGCAGAUCGCUUCAGCCAUCUCGGAGGCGUUGGAGCCUGCGGGAGUAGCAGUGGUGAUUGAGGCUGUUCACAUGUGCAUGGUGAUGAGAGGUGUGCAGAAGAUGAACGCCAGCACUGUGACAAGUGUCAUGCUGGGAAAAUUCCAUGACGAUUUCAAGACCAGGAAGGAGUUUCUUGCCCUUACAAUGAGGAAGUGAAGGGCACAACCGUUCAACAGAGGAAAUGAUUUCACCUGUUCAUGUGUGAACCUCAGACAGAUUUACAUUCAGUGAAUUACUGUCUUCAUGGUGUUGGGGUGAACUUUCUCAACCUGAUGUUUUUUUUAUGUAUUUAUCCUGUUUAAAUAGAAACAAAUAUACACUGGAAUGUGAAAUCUAUUACUGUAAUGACAGCAUUGAGCUUCAAGUAUGUCCAAUACAA